GACGCAGUCCCGAAUCGUAAUUCACGAUGUAACCCAAUUCGGAUCCUUUAUUUGGGUUUGAAGUCUCGUUCGUUAAUUUCGUAUUGUGUUUCUGUGGUUGGAAUGAAUAUUGCAACUUUUCUUUUUCGAAUAGGAUUGUGUAAUGCUCAUAGUAUGAGAUUCAUGUUGUGUGCGAUGAACUGGUGGAGAAAUAGCCGCGAAGAUUUAUUGACAGCAAUAUCAA